AUGGCUGGCGGUUUGUUUGCUGCUAAUCGCGAGUACUUCUUUGAAGUUGGAGGCUACGAUGAAGAGAUGGACAUUUGGGGCGGGGAAAAUUUGGAGAUCUCGUUCAGAGUAUGGAUGUGUGGAGGAUCGAUCGAGUUGAUACCAUGUUCUCAUGUUGGUCACAUCUAUCGUUCAGGACACCCUUAUGACAUGACAGGUGAACUGCAGUGUUUAUACUUGACAGAUAAUGAUGUUCACGGAACAAAUUCUAAGCGGUUGGCAGAAGUUUGGAUGGAUGACUAUAAACGGCUUUUCUAUGUUCAUCGAAUGGGUUUGAAGGACUUGGACGUAGGGGAUCUGACAGAGCGGAAGAAGCUUCGAGAGCGACUGCAGUGCAAGUCGUUCAAAUGGUUUUUGGACAAUGUGAUACCGCAAAAAUUCAUCCCCGAUGAAAAUGUGUACGCUUAUGGGCAUGUAAAAGGAGAGAAUGGGCUUUGUUUGGACACACUCCAAAGGCUCGAAAACAAG